AUGGGAUUGUGUAUUGUGGCUGUGUUAGUGAUGUAUGUAUUUCAUUGGAUUAUUAUUCUUAAAGACCCAAAAUUCAGAAACAGAUCUUCUCUUCCUCCUGGUUCAUUGGGUAUUCCAUUCAUUGGAGAGACCCUUCAGUUCAUGAUUCCAAGUUAUUCUUUGGACAUUCACCCUUUCAUCACAAAGAGAAUCCAGAGAUUUGGUCCCAUAUUUCGAACUAGUUUAUUUGGUCAAUCAAUUGUGAUAUCAACAGAUUCUGAAUUCAAUAGUUACUUGAUGCAGCAAGAAGGUAAAUUAGUUGAAUUAUGGGCAGGUCCUGCUACUAAGAUUUUUCGACAAUCUGAUGGAUCUGGAAUACCUUUUUCUAAUAUCCACAAGUACAUUCGAAGCAUCACUCUAAAUCAUAUUGGUGCUGAAUGCAUAAGAGAAAAGUUGAUUUCUCAAUUUGAAGAAAUGUUUAUAAAGACUUUGCAUCAAUGGACAACUCAAACAUCAAUUGAUGUUAAACAAUCUCUAACAAAGAUGAACUUUCGCUUCUUUGCAAAGCAUUAUUUUGGAUAUGAUAUUGAAAAUUUAUCUAGCAAUCUUGAAAGAAUAUCAGAAGAAUUAUUCACAGAUUUUACAGAAGGGUUGAAGACAAUUCCAUUAAAUAUUCCAAGAACAAAUUACCACAAAUGUUUAAAGGAAUGGAGAAAAGCAUUUAAAAUUAUCAAGAAUAUUUUAGAGGAAAGGCGCAAUUUGUCAGAAAAAUAUGGAGGAGAUUUUCUUAACCAGGCAAUUAAUGACAUGGAAAAGGACAAAAUUAUGAAUGAUGACCAAAUUGUGUACCUCGUAUUAGGGAUAUGGUUUGCUAAUUCUGCAUCAAUUUCAUCAAUGGCACAAUUAAUCUUCAAGUUUUUAUCAGAGUAUCCUUCGGUCGUGGAAGAACUAAGAGUAGAACAUGAGCAAAUUCUAAGAAGCAGAGACAAAUCAAGAACUUCAUCAUUGACAUGGAAUGAAUACAAAUCCAUGAAAUUUACACAACAUGUAAUGAAUGAGACCCUUAGGUUCUCAAUUUUGCUUCCUGGAAUAUUAAGGAAAACAUUGAAAGAUAUUCACUUUAAAGAAUAUAUAAUUCCUGCUAAUUGGAUCAUCCUGGCUUUUACACCAAAUCUUCAUAUGAAUUCAGAAAUAUAUGAGGAUCCACUUACUUUCAACCCAUGGCGCUGGAAAAUGUGGACAAAAAUCAAGGGAGGAAAAGUUGUUCGGAAUCCUAUUUUGGAAUUUAGUGAUAGAAUUCACAUCAAGAUUUGGGAGAACCGUGAGAAAACUUAA